GGCCAUUUCAGCAGUUGCUUUACUGCUGCCCUUGAAUACAAUAUAGAAGUCAGAGGACAACUUGCUGCAAGUCUUUUUCUCCUUCUACCAUGUGAGGCCCAGUGAUUGAACUCAGGUCCUCAAGUGCCUUUACCAGGUGAUCCCCAACAUUCUGUAUUUUAAUGGAUAUGGCCAUUAAAAUGUUUGGACCUUAGGAACUGAGUCUUGUUAAAGCCACUGCAUGGUUUUCUCUCUGCAUUUGGCCAAGCCAUUAGACAGAAAGAAAAAGGGCACUCAGGAAAGAGCUGGUUACCUCCACAAGGCCAGAAUGUGGCGGUCAGGGCUUCAGGUAGAAACAGUGUCUAUGCGAAGACUUCCAUGCCUGAACUGAAGAGUUGAUUGAUGUUUAUCCCAUCUACCCAGAAGGAACAUAGGCUGGCCCUGAAGCAAAUAUGGCCUGGGCUCAGGCCCUGGUCCUCUUCUCAUCCCUACUGACUCUCUGUACCUCUGAAGGGAGUCCCAAGGUGUGGGUGCAAGUCCAGAUGGAGGCCACCAAGCUCCUAUCCCUCUCCCUCUCAAUCCACUGUGGGGUCUUAGGAACUGACCUCAUCUCUUUGGUAACAGUGAGCUGGGAAGGAUCUGUUGAUGCCCCAAGGACCAAAUUAGCUGUGUUACAUCCAGAACUUGGCACCCAGCUGUGGGUCCCUGACUCGAAGGCCGGCUGGGAAACCUCCAACAGUGUGUCUCUUACUCUGACCCUGGAACAAUCCAAAGCAAGAAACUCCCUGGCCAACACUACAUUCUGCUGCGAGUUUGUUACCUUUCCUCAUGGCUCCAGGGUUGCCUGUGGAGACCUUCACAGCUCAGAGCCAGGACUCUCUGCUCUGACUCUUCAAGGAGACCUGGCCAGGAUCUUGGGAACCUUGGGGUUUCUCCUGCUUGGUUUCAUCUUUGUACUCUAUCUCCUGUGGCGGCAGAAGCGUUGGUGUUUCAGUAAAUCUCAACCAUCUGCCACCAGCACCCAGGCACAGAGGCAAACUCAGCUUCCUCAUGUGGCCUCUACACGCGGCAGCUUCGUCUCCACUGAAAAUGGACUGUAUGCUCUGGCAGGGAAGAGACUUCCCCACACGGUUCCCAACAUCCUUGCUUCCACAGACUGUCUGGAGCAUAGUAGCCUAGAAAGAUGCUCGGGAGUUGAAUGAUAGACACCCUCGAUUCCCUCUAGCUAUUUGGGACAUCGCUCUGCUGGUGUCUUCAUCCUGGGCACCAGGCCUCUUCAUGAAUCUUGUUUUCUUUUUAGGCCUCUGAUAAGACCACACCCUGCUAGCUAGGAUGUGGUCAGUGUAUGAGCGUGUAUGGACACAGGUGUGAGUGGAGGAGUAGGAUGAAGGUUGUUACACCCUGUUUUGCAAAUAAUAGCUUUAAUAAUGUCAUUAAAGUGAUCCUUCUGUU